UGGAGCCUUUGAGGCUGGGCGCAGCCGGGGACCGAGUCGCCGACAUCGCGGAGCCGCCGCUUCCCCGGCCCGGGCCUCAACCGAGCCGGCUCGACCAUGGCAGCCGCCGCCGCGGCGAAUCAGGCCCCUGCGCUCCCCGCCCGUCGCUGAGCGGCCGUUAACCAGCCCGCCCGCUGGUUCCCCCGCCGGUGCCGCCGCGGCCCAGGCUCCGGACAAGUUUCCGCCGCCGGAGGCGAAGGCAGGGAGGACGGACGUGGGGAGUCGGGCGCCCCCGGCCCACUCGGCGCUCCCGCCCGAGAUGUGGGGGCGCUUCCUGGCCCCGGAGGCCGGCGGCCGGGACAGCCCCGGCGGAGCCCGCAGCUUCCCGGCGUGCCCAGAUUAUUCUUCAUCAGCAUGGUUACCUGGUAAUGAAUCAUUGUGGCAGGCCACAGCUGUUCCAUCUAACCAGCGAAAUAACCAUAUCAGGAGGCAUAGUAUAGCUUCUGACAGUGGUGACACUGGCAUUGGAACUUCCUGUUCUGACAGUGUGGAAGAUCAUUCAACUUCAAGUGGCACAUUAUCUUUUAAGCCUAGUCGAUCAUUGGUUACUCUUCCUACUGCCCAUGUCAUGCCAUCUAACUCCAGCGCUUCAGUUUCCAAACAUAGGGAAUCAUUGACAUCAGAUGGCUCAAAAUGGAGUAUAAGCCUUAUGCAAACAUUGGGAAACCACAGUAGGGGGGAGCAGGACUCUUCACUAGACAUGAAGGACUUCCGGCCUCUCCGGAAAUGGUCAUCUUUAUCCAAACUCACUGUCCCAGGUAACUGCAGCCAGGGUGGCAUUGUGCACACAGAACAGUCAAGGAGAGGUUUAGAAAAGACAGGGAGAGACAAGGCUUUAACAUCACAACUAAGGACAAUUGGACCUAGCUGUUUACAUGACAGUAUGGAGAUGCUUAAGCUAGAGGACAAGGAAAUAAAUAAAACACGACCAUCAACUCUGGACAACAAAUAUAAAUUUGAGAGCUGCAGCAAAGAGGACUUUAGAGCUUCUUCCUCCAUUCCUAGGAGACAGGCCUUAGACAUGACAUAUAGUGCCUUACCUGAAAGCAAGCCCAUUAUGACAAGCUCAGAGGCUUUUGAACCGCCGAAAUAUUUAAUGCUUGGUCAACAAGCAGUAGGUGGAGUUCCCAUUCAGCCUUCUGUGAGGACGCAGAUGUGGCUUACUGAGCAGUUGCGGACAAACCCUUUGGAAGGUAGAACUACAGAGGACUCUCACAGUGUAGCUCCUUGGCAGCAGCAGCAAAUUGAAGGGUUUCGACAAGAAAGUGAAACACCAAUGCAGGUUUUGACUGGAUCAUCUCGUCAAAGUUAUUCACCUCCUGGCUAUCAAGAUUUCAGUAAGUGGGAAUCAGUGCUGAAAAUAAAAGAAGGACUACUAAGGCAGAAAGAAAUUGUAAUUGAUCGGCAGAAGCAACAAAUUACCCACCUGCAUGAAAGAAUAAGGGAUAAUGAAUUACGAGCACAACAUGCCAUGUUAGGACAUUACGUAAAUUGUGAGGAUUCUUAUGUGGCUAGUUUGCAGCCACAAUAUGAGAAUACUUCCAUCCAGACUUCAUUUUCAGAACAGUCAACAUCCCAUUCCCAGCAAGAGGAACUUGAGCAAAAGCUUGCAUCUACUGAGAAAGAGGUUUUACAGCUCAAUCAGUUUCUAAAACAAAGAAUAAGCCAAUUUAGUGAAGAGAAGAAGAAACUGGAGGAAAAGCUUAAAACCAGAGAUAGAUACAUCAGUAGCCUGAAAAAGAAAUGCCAGAAGGAAUCUGAACAGAAUAAAGAAAAGCAGAGAAGAAUUGAGACCUUAGAAAAGUAUCUGGCUGAUCUUCCAACUCUUGAUGAUGUACAGAGUCAGAGUCUACAGCUGCAAGUUCUAGAAGAAAAAAACAAGAAUUUGCAAGAGACUUUGGUAGAAAUGGAAAAAAGGCUUGAAGAGUUCAAAAAACAGUGUCAAGAAAAUGAGGCACAGCUAAUAUGCCAGAAAAAGAAAGAAAAGGAGUUGGUAACUACAGUUCAGAGUUUGCAGCAAAAAGUAGAAAGAUGCCUUGAAGAUGGAAUUCGCCUUCCCAUGUUAGAUGCAAAACAGCUUCAGAAUGAAAAUGAUAACCUGAGAGAACAAAAUGAGAAUGCUAGUAAGAUAAUAGACAGCCAACAAGAUGAGAUUGACAAAAUGAUUCUAGAAAUUCAGUCUAUGCAAGGGAAACUUUCUAAAGAAAAAUUGACUACUCAGAAGAUGAUGGAAGAGCUGGAAAAGAAAGAAAGAAACCUUCAGAGAUUAAGAACAUUGCUUGAUAACCAAAGACAAACAGAAGAGACCUGCUCUUUAUUGGAUCAGGGCCACGAAGCAGACCAAUCCAGGCCACAGACCGUUCUUUCCAAAAGGCCACUAUUUGAUUUGAGUGUGAUUGAUCAGCUGUUCAAGGAAAUGUCCUAUUGUUUGUUUGACUUGAAAGCAUUGUGUAGUAUUCUUAAUCAGCGUGCUCAGGGCAAAGAGCCUAAUCUUUCAUUAUUACUGGGAAUCAGAUCAAUGAACUGUUCAGCUGAAGAGACUGAGAAUGACCACAGCCCAGAAACACUCACUAAAAAACUGUCAGAUGUAUGCCAGUUACGGAGGGACAUAGAUGAAUUACGGACCACGAUAUCAGACCGCUAUGCUCAGGACAUGGGAGACAACUGUGUAACCCAGUGACCAGUGUUGGUCCCACAGCAAUAACGACCCAUUGUUACAUGCUGCUGUGCUAGGUUCUUCACAUUUCUUUUCAGGAGCCAUGAUAGAAACUUGCAAGUGACAUACGACUUGCACAUAGGUUUUUUUUUUUCUGUGGAUUUGUUCUGUUGGGGAGGAAUUGGGACGUGAGGAAGUAUCGAAGGGGCUUAUCUAAUCAGGCAAAAAAAUUAAAUUACCAUUUGAAAAAUAUGAUAAAAUGUAUAAGAAAAAAAUUUCUGUAUUCUCAAACUACUGAUUGUAGGACCAAGCUGUGAAGAGUGCCCUUCAGAUAAAGGGAUAGGAUUUCUUUUAAUCCUGUAGGUUUUGUGUGUGUGUGUGUAUGUGUGUGUGUGUUCACAAAAUUAUAAAGAUUUCUAGGAUCAAAGCAAAGCUUCUAAGAAAGGCACACACUGUAUUCUUGUGCUUUUUUUUUCAUGGAGAAGCUUGUGUUGUACUUGGGGUUUUCAAGGGCUGGCUGAACAAGAGUUCCCACAGCAGGCAAGUGUUCAAAUAGUAGUACAGCAGGCGAAACCAUCUGUGUUUGAACAAUCCCUGUGCUGAGACGGUGAGGUUGUAGGGUUGGGUUGAUUUUAGUACUGUAGAUAGGUCAGCUGUUUUUCCAGAGUGCUUGUGAAUUGCCUAAGAGAUGUGAAAUAUUGAUGUGAUGGUUUUCCUGUUAGCAUUGUAUUGUAUGUAUUACAAGGCAAUUUAACAUAAUCUGAACUAAUUUUAACA